AUGACAGAAGUCUCUAAGAAAGUUGAAUUACUCGAGCCAAAAAUGGGUAUAGACAUUCCUUAUAAAUUACCUAAAGACUAUAAGGUAGUUACAAGAGUGAUAAAUUAUGAUAAUAUUAAUUUUCACACAUCUACGAUUCCUGCUACAGGUACAUGUAAAGGUAAGAUUUUGAUAUUACAUGGAUGGUGUGAACAUUGUGAUAUGUAUUAUAGAAUCAUGCAAUACCUCAGCUCUAUUGGAUAUGAAUCGUUUGUUUAUGAUCAAAGGGGUUCAGGAAGAACAUCAUUAGGGAGAUAUAGAGGUAGAGUCGGUAGGAGUUCAAGUGUUGUUUAUAAAGACUUGGAUAAAAUGAUUGAAGUUUUCAAAUUUGGCGAUAAAAAAGACAGGACUGUCACAAAAAGUGAAGAAAAAUUCUAUUUAUUAGGACAUUCAGCUGGGGGUGGUAUUGCAUUAAAUUAUAUGCUUGAUGGUAAAUAUAAAGAUUUAUUCACAGGUAUUAUAACCACUGGUCCAAUGAUUAGAAUAGCCGAAAACUUAACCCCAUCGCCUAUUAUUGAGUAUGCAUUGAAUUUUGUUGCUACCUGGUUCCCAUAUUUCCCUUAUGGAUCAAUCAAUAAAGACCCUAAUAUCAGAAGUACUAUUACCACGGCAGAAGAAUGGCUAGAUUAUUUACAACAGGAGUUGUUAACUCAAGGAAAUACUACUCUAGGUCAUAUAAAAUCAAUGUUCGAUAGAGGUUAUAGGUUAGCUAAUAUUUCACCUGAAGAAAUUAACGUUAACCAUGAUCUCAGACUAUUAACUAUCCAUUGUGCCAAUGAUACAAUGACUAGUUUUAAGCAUCUGAAAAAAUUCUUUGAUAAGCUUCCUAUUAAAUACAAAAAGUUUGUUGAAUUUGAAAAGGGAACACACUCCCUAUUCAUUGAAACUGAUGAAAUUUUCAAAUUGACUUGUGAAGAGAUUUUCGAAUUCCUUGAUGAUUCAAAUUAA